CUUCCUCCUUUCCACCUUUCUCAUCCCUUUAUCUCAUCUUUUGUUCCCAUCCGGUGAAACCAAAUCAGUUCAAGGUAUUGAUUGAUCUAUACUUCCUCCUGCUGUAUAUUGAAAUUUCUCUUUAAUUGUUCCUUUUCCCUCUUUCCCUAUUUUUGGGUCUUUAUCCCCCUCCCCUCCCUUUCCCUUCCCUUCCCUUCUUACCCUAUCAAGGAUCUCUUGACUUUUAUCCGUUCGCCUCUCUCUGCCCGAGAAGAAGAACAAGAGUCUCUCUCCCCUUUUCCCUCCUCGUUUCUUUUCGUGUUCCUCCUCUCUCUCCCAUUCUACCAAAACCCUCCAUCGUAUUUUCUUUGUGUUGCGCCAUCACCAUCUCUCGCCAUCCAUUUUCCUUAUCACCUUCAUUUUAUUUCAUAUUUCUAUAUCACAUUUCCCAUCCGAUUCGCAUUUUCCGUGUCUUGAAUUUUCUUUUUUUCUUUUUGUUCGUUUUUAAUUUAUCUAUUUAUAUAUUCAUUUAUUUUUAUCUUUUUUCUUCAUUUCUUUUACAUUGACAAAAGAGGAACAAGAAAAUUAAUUUAUUGACAUCUAGAUUCCCAACCCGGUUCAAGAUUCUCCGACUACGCCGCUUGCUUCAUCCUUGAGACUUCUCCUCUCGAUGCUAUCUCUCUAAAUUUUCUCUACAUCAUGUCCACCGAGCCGGCCAUACGGACGGCUCAGGACGAUCUCGAGUCGCGCACCUCCAUCGACCAAACUCCCCGCGAAACUCGUCCUAGACGGUCGCGUCGCAAGAAGGACGAGGGACAGGACGCUGGGCGAAAGGACACUCCUAAACCUAGCAAGUCAAAGACUAAAGAAAAGGAGAAAGAAAAAGAACCAGAGACGGGGAGGCAGAACGAUAAGGAAUUAGACAAAGAAAAUCAUAAGGAUAAGGAGAGCAGGGAUAAAGGGCAGGAUCCGAAAGAGUCGAAACGCGGCAGUCGUCGCCAGAGGGACAAAUCGUCAUCCACGUCGGUCAAUCCUUCCAAUUCCUCUUCAACUCACGCUCGAAAGAAGCCUAAGUUGGAAGCAACGCCGCCGGAUCAAAGUCCCAGUGUACCGGCGGCUUCUGCAGCUGCAGCAGCUUCCACUCCAGCCACGACUACUGUUACGACCGCUGUUCCUGCUCCUACUCCUAGCGUCGCCCCAGCUGCAACGGCAGCUCCAUCUCCAGCUCCAGUCCAAGUUCCAAGCACCCCCGCUGCUAGCCCUCCGGCGUUGUCAGGCUCAAUUCACCUUCUCCAAUCUCACUUGCACCAGCAACAUCGUUCUCCAUUGCACCCGUCCCCCUCACUGCCGCCCUCAUCUCAUCCCACUCCACCCCCCGCGGCCCUUGGUCAUCCAUCAUCUUACCCGACGAUGGCUCCCGCAGGACCUCCGCGGCCGCAAUCUCAGCCACCACCUCCCCCACCGACUAGAACCAGCGGUCAGAAUUUCGACCCCAUUCGGUCCGCCUUCGAUACAGCUUCCCCGGCCCAAACACCGGGGCCGACAUCGACCUUCAGUCCUCCGGCGCGCCCUCUCUCUCCACGCCCAACAUUCCGCGCUAGCGCUUCACCUGCUAUAGCCAGCAUAAUUGAUCCUCCCACAACUACCUCCCCGUCCGUCUAUACCUCCCGUCCAUAUGCUUCUCCAAACCAUGGUGCAUCCAUCUACUCCCCUUCCCCUGCGGCUACACCAGUCAUCGCUCCCACGCCGCAUCCGCCUCCUCAGCCGAUCUCGCCUUAUGCCCAUCGAUCGCCCUAUCCCCCCCCCUCACAAUUACAGCCAUCGCACGAUUCGCAGUCAUCGGCUCACUCUUCGUCCCAAGGCCCGCCGCAACCCUCACCACCACGUCUAUCAGCAGCACCUGAGCCUCCGGCGCCUACACCGUCUAAUAAUCAUCGCGCGCCUUCACCUGGGCCAACCCCAAUGGACGUAGAUACGGAUCAGCAUGCGGCCCCCAAAGCACCAAAAAAGGAUAGCAAAGCUCCCCCCACAGCGCCUCCAUCAAACGCUGCGUCACCAAAGCCCUCCCGUGCGACCAAGGAGCCACCGCCACCAUUGCCUCAAGGCUCAGGACUGAUCUCCAAUGCCUUGUUUGGUGUGGGCGACGCCGCAUCAACCAGCGAUUCCGAUUCUAGGCGGACGCCCAGUAUUAUAAUACACAUUCCCUUGCAAGGGACCGGCAACAGGAUUGUCAACUUUGCGCGCUUGGCCGAAGAACAAUAUGGCUUUGCCGCUUUACAUCCUCGCCUUGCGGCUCACAAGGAACGGCUCGCCCGUGUAGCCGCAGCGGGUGCUGCACUAGAACGAAAUGAUAAGUCCGGCCGGGGACUCUCAGCCGGGGAGAGUGCUGAUGAAGAUCUCAGUCUCGAAGUUGAGCGUGACAGUGACUUGGAUGGAGACAGUGCGUUGGGCGGUGCAGCAGCUCGCACAAACGAGCCUGAGGCUCCAGAUGGGAAAAAGAAGCGUCGCAAGAAGAAGAUGGAAGAAUAUGACCGGGACGAUCCGUUUGUCGACGAUAGCGAGCUGGCCUGGCAGGAACAGGCCGCGGCCAGCAAGGACGGCUUCUUUGUAUAUAGUGGUCCUCUGGUGCCUGAGGGCGAAAAGGUGCAAGUAGAACGGUGAGUUACCUCUUAUAGUAUAUACGUUCGACCACAACCGCUAACGCUUUGAUUUAGGGCGGAUGGUACAAUAAAACGUGG